AAAUCUCGAAAAUCAAAACAAACACGUCGAAUGUAAAUAAUGUUUAGAGUUCAAAAAUUUGUUUAAGUAAUUUUGUUUUAAUUUGUUUUGUCAAAGCAUUUUAAAUACGAUGAAAAUGGCUUCAAUAGCAAUCAAAAAAGAGCCCGAAUGGUACGAGGAGCGUGAUCGCAUAUGCCGACUGUGCAUGAGUGAAGAAGCCUUUGAUGAUGUAUUCAGGGACGAGAAUCUUCACCAUUGGAUAAGCGAAUUUCUCGCAAUCAAGAUAUCGAACGACGAUGGCAUGAGUCGAAGCAUCUGCGCCAUCUGUCGAUUACGGUUGACCGAGUUUAAUAAUUUCCGGAUAGGAUGUCUGGAAGUGCAAGAAGUAUUGCGGCGAACGGUUCGAACUGAAUCUGAAUUUUCGAAUGAUUCAGUAACUCCAAAAGCUUCUUCAUCGCAAGAAAAGUCAUAUCUGGAUGAUGAUGAUGAUGAUCUGGAUGGAAAUCCUGCAGUAUUUCAGGACAAUGAAAUGGAAAAUGAUCCGGGAUUAAUGGAAGACAGCAUCGUUGUGGAAGAUGUUAAAAUUGAGCCGCGAAUAGAUGAAGACGAAACACAAGCUUCAAAUACAUCUGGAGCUGAAGAGGAUCAUAGUGAGACAGGUAGUAAGUGCCAGAUUUGCGACAAAGUUUUAAGCUCACGGAGCAAAUUGGCGAGACAUUGUCAGUCAUUGCGGCAUUGGAAAAGAGUUUUGGAGGUUCAGGCGAAUAAAACAACAGCGACUGGAAACUUAAAGCAACCAAUUCGCUCAGAUUCUGAUCGUUUCGAUAGUGUCGAGAAACUCAUGACAAGGGAAGAAAAUGAUGAAGGAUUCAUGUGUUCAAUAUGUGGUCAAACAUUCAAUCGGCCGUAUCAGUUAACGAAGCACAUGACAACACACAACGUGAACGAGUCACCAACGUCUCCUGAGACAUCCGGUAUGUCCAAAAAUUAUUCUUUUAGCUCUGCCAUGGAUCAACAAAAGAAUACUGACGACGAACAAGUGUAUCAGAGUGAUACAUGCGAAAAAGUUCAUUCAAACAUAUCGAAACUGACGAGCCAUGCAUCUUCCGUUAUCAAAUCCAUCGAAAUUGGAACCAAUAUUGCGAUAGAAGAAUCCCAACUCAUCUCGACAACUAGUGACAUUCCCACUAAAGUUGGAAAAGCGGCUAGUGAGGAACGACCAUUUCAGUGCGACUUGUGUCCUAAAACUUUUCAAUUCAGGCGGGUACUGGUACAUCAUAAAUCAAAAGUUCAUGGACCAAAAAGGCAUAAGUGUGACAUUUGUAAUAAAAAAUUUCCUUCACGGUGUGAAAUGAUCAGGCACGAGUACACAAAAAAGCAUUUAAGAAAUCUCGAAAAAAUACAUAGGCAGCAAAACGAGCAAUCGUUGCACGCAAACGUACAAAGUCACGAAACCGAUUCGGUGCAACCAAAUGAUCAAAUGAGCGAAGACGAGGAUGGUACAACCGGUUCUGUCCAUGCCGAUAGCAGUGCCAACGAAAAGAGCUACGAAGGAACCAGCUUGUUAAAGAAUAAACGUCUUUUAGCAAAAUAUUCUGAGCAAUUAGUUAAAGUAAAAUGUGAUGUAUGUAAUAAGGUACUUGCAAACAAAUGGACCUUAUUGAACCAUAAAAAAAGCCAUGAUCCAUCCAACAACUGCACAUGUCAUGUAUGUGGUAGGCCCUGUCGUAACUUAAGUACACUGAGGAACCAUCUCGUAACGCAUAAAUCAGUUGUCGAACGUCAGCGGAUAAAACCGCCGGAAGAUAAAAAAAACGUCCCUAGACCAUUCAAAUGUGACAUAUGCCAAACCACGUACGCGGCCAAAUUUACUUUUUUGAAUCACAAAAGAGUUAUCCAUGGACCGAAAAACUAUCAAUGUGAAAUGUGUGGUUUUAAAUUGUCGACGAACGAAGUGUUAGAAAAGCAUAUGCAGAAACAUAUAUUACGUGGUCACACCAAGGAAGACUUUCAGGCUCUGAAAGAACUGAUGCAGAAAAUGAACUCAUCUACGAACUCAAACGAAGAAGAUGCUAAGACGGAUAGAUCAGCUGAGUUGAGUGAAAAUGAAAACUCUCAAGACAUCUCGACCAAGAGCGAAGAAAACUGCUCAGAACUUCCUACUGAACAGUCUUUCCAAUGCGAUGUGUGUCACAAAUCUUUUGAAACCAGAGUACUUCUAUAUCGUCACAAAAGAAAUGUUCACAAGCCGAAAAGGUUCAAGUGCUCCGUUUGCGGAAAAUGUUUUGCCUACAAACAACAGAAAAAUAUGCACAUGCAAGUUCACAAGCAGAAUUCAACAGCUACUAAGGACUUCGAGUGUCCUGAAUGUCCUAAAAUAUUUCCAUCUUGGAAACAUUUACACAAGCACCUGAUCUUUCAUGUCAGCAAGAAGAAAUCCUCCGGUGAAAGAACUGUCGCUUGUCCAAAAUGUGAUAAAAUGUUUCAAACGUCCGCCCAUAGAGAUUCUCAUAUGCGAAUUGCUCAUAAAAAUGUGGAACACAAAUGUGACAUCUGCAACAAAUCGUUUUCCAUGCGCGCUCAACUUUGGAAGCACAUGAAUAAUGAACAUGGUGAAAAGUCGGCUAGUUCUUCUGAAUCUGACGGCGAGAAUUCUUUUCAGGGAAAUAACAGCUACGAAGCGGGUAGGAAACAGCCUCAAAGAAAUGCGAAACACAGAGCAGUUAAACAGGAAACGAUAACGGAUGAUGAAUCUUAGACUUGCUUAGGCCGAAGUGCUAUCAGUGAAACGUGAACUCAAAAGAAUAAGCCAGGUGAGGACAUAACUAUAAUAUCAAUUAUAAUUAAAUAUAUCAUCAAUGACAUAA